ACCUCCAUUGGCUUCCGCCUCUGGGGGCUGAGAGAAGCGAAAGCGUCUUUCUGAGGGGUGUCUUGAGAGUGGCAGAGGGCAGCGGGUCCAGGCUCCGUGAGGAGGCAAGCCUUGGGAAUCUGAGGGAUGGAGACUCAGUUCCGCAGAAAGGGUCUCGGGUGCAGCCCUGCCAACAUCAAGAGGAAGAAGAAGAGGGAGGACUCAGGAGACCUUGGACUCCAGGUGAGCACUAUGUUCUCAGAAGACGACUUCCAGUCAACAGAAAGAGCCCCAUAUGGUCCACAAAUACAGUGGUCCCAGGAUCGGCCAAGAGUCCGGAUUUUUAGAGAACAGGCCAACCAGGAGGACAGGAGUCCCAGGAGAACCCAGAGGAUCCCUGGAGGAGAACAAGUGCUGUGGGGCCCCAUCACCCAGAUAUUUCCCACAGUUCGGCCUGCUGACCUAACCAGAGUCAUCAUGCCUCUUGAGCAAAGAAGCCAGCACUGCAAGCCUGAGGAAGGCCUUCAGGCCCAAAAAGAAGACCUGGGCUUGGUGGGUGCACAGGCUCUCCAAGCUGAGGAGAAGGAAGCUGCCUUCUUCUCCUCUAUUCUGAAUGUGGGCACUCUAGAGGAGUUGCCUGCUGCUGAGUCACCAAGUCCUCCCCAGAAUCCUCAGGAAGAGUUCUCUCCCACUGCCAUGGGCGCCAUCUUUGGGAGCCUAUAUGAUGAGGGCUCCAGCAGCCAAGAAAAGGAGGGGCCAAGUACCUCGCCUGACCUGAUAGACCCUGAGUCCUUUUCCCAAGAUAUACUACAUGACAAGAUAAUUGAUUUGGUUCAUUUAUUGCUCCGCAAGUAUCGAGUCAAGGGGCUGAUCACAAAGGCAGAAAUGUUGGGGAGUGUCAUCAAAAAUUAUGAGAACUACUUUCCUGAGAUAUUUAGGGAAGCCUCUGCAUGCAUGCAACUGCUCUUUGGCAUUGAUGUGAAGGAAGUGGACCCCACUAGCCACUCCUAUGUCCUUGUCACCUCCCUCAACCUCUCUUAUGAUGGCAUACAGUGUAAUGAGCAGAACAUGCCCAAGUCUGGCCUCCUGAUAAUAGUCCUGGGUGUAAUCUUCAUGGAGGGGAACUGCAUCCGUGAAGAGGUUAUGUGGGAAGUCCUGAGCAUUAUGGGGGUGUAUGCUGGAAGGGAGCACUUCCUCUUUGGGGAGCCCAAGAGGCUCCUCACCCAAGAUUGGGUGCAGGAAAAGUACCUGGUGUACCGGCAGGUGCCCGGCACUGAUCCUGCAUGCUAUGAGUUCCUGUGGGGUCCAAGGGCCCACGCUGAGACCAGCAAGAUGAAAGUUCUUGAGUACAUAGCCAAUGCCAAUGGGAGGGAUCCCACUUCUUACCCAUCCCUGUAUGAAGAUGCUUUGAGAGAGGAGGGAGAGGGAGUCUGAGCGUGAGAUGCAACCAGGGCCAGCGGGCAGGGAAACGGGCCAAUGCAUGCUUCAGGGCCACACCCAGCACUUUCCCUGUCCUGUGUGAAAUCAGGCCCAUUCUUCCCUCUGUGUUUGAUGAGAGAAGUCAGUGUUCUCAGUAGUAGAAGGCACAGUGAAUGGAAGGGAACACAUUGUAUACUGCCUUUAGGUUUCUCUUCCAUCGGGUGACUUGGAGAUUUCUUUUUGUUUCCUUUUGGUAAUUUUCAAAUAUUGUUCCUGUAAUAAAAGUUUUAGUUAGCUUCAACAUCUAAGUGUAUGGAUGAUACUGACCACACAUGUUGUUUUGCUUAUCCAUUUCAAGUGCAAGUGUUUGCCAUUUUGUAAAACAUUAUGGGAAAUCUUCCAUCUUGCUGUGAUUUGCAAUAGGUAUUUUCUUGAAGAAUGUAAGAACUUAGCAAUAAAGUUGAACUGGUGUUGUGAAACAGAGAAAUAAAAGGAGAAGGUCAUUAA